UUUAACAUAACCGUUCAGCUUAAUUAUUAUUAUUUUAUAUGUCAUAUUCCACAUUACAAAUCUUGUUGGACAAGCCCAAACGGCAUUGCAAUUAGAACAUGGAUUGAAUCUUGAUAUUGUUAUUCUAUAUCUAUAUUUGCUUACUCCAGAUUUAGUAGUUUUCCAAGAUUAAUGGCAGUGGUAGACAAAAGAUAAGAGAAAAUCAGAUAGCAGCAAUGGCAAUCACAAGGUUAAUGGCUGGAGCAUCCGCAACAGACAGGCUGUCUGCAUUAUCUGAUGAUGUUCUCUUAGAUCAUAUUUUCACAAAGAUUUCUUACACAGAUGUUGUACGUUCCUCCAUCCUCUCUAAGAGAUGGCGACUCUUGUGGAGGAAAACGCCCAUCCUCAAGAUUUGUCGCAAGGACUUUGAGAAAGAAAAAGAUGACAUGAGGGUACACGCCAUAAUUAACAAUGCCCUGCUACACGUCGAUGCUCGUCUUCUCCAUUUGAAUCUUGGAGUCGCCUUCAAUGACCCCAAGGCUGUCGACAUCAACACUUGGAUUCGACUUGCAGCUGAAAAACAGGUGGAACGCAUGGAGCUACACAUCUCUUAUAGACAUCCACAUACGACCAUGGUGGAGCUUGGAGACUCUGUUUUUAGGUGUGAAAACCUCACUGCCCUACUACUGAAACGCAUCAAUCUUCCCAUGAUACCCAAUAAUUUUGGGGUUUUCCGAUCCCUAAAAACACUUUAUUGCUUGGGUAUUUUGAAUUUGGAUGAUGUCAUGUUUGAGCAAUUCAUGGCCAUCUGCCCACAUCUCCGAAAUUUGGGGAUCAGCUGUUGUAAGGCGUUGAGAAACUUGAAUAUACGUUCUUCAAAUCUCAGGUACCUACAACUAUCACUUCUAAGCCCUGAUUUAUCAUUGCAGAUGGCUUGUCCCCGAUUGACAGAAAUCAGACUCACGGAUUGGGGGACAUCCCCGGGGCUUAAAUUACUACAAGGAAUUUCAAGAUCAGAGUCUAUUAAACGUAUUACUCUUCUAAAUCAUAAUACCGGCAAUGCCAUUAAUCCAGGAAUUCCUAGUAUUACUGUUCUUAACAGUUUUCCUCGGCUUGAAGAGUUGACAAUCCAUGGCCAAUGUUUCCAGGAGAUGAUAUCAGAUGAGAUUCCAGUAGCAGGAUUGACACUGCAAAAUUUGAAGAUGGUGCGUGCCCACAUUGGUCCAGACAAGGAUGGACAGGCAGUGACAUUUUUGGGUUUUCUCCUCAGAAAUAGUCCAUUAAGUGUAACAAGGGUUUUUCUGCCUGAGCGCUGCCCUAGGAUCAUGCAAAUUAAAUUGCAAGAUUUGGAAAAGGAGUUCUCAAAAUCAAGAUUGUCCACUGUCACAAGAAGAUGGUCGAUGUAUCCAAAUGAAGUUUGCAAAUUUUGUUAAAAAAACGUUGAAUAUUAGUAACAGGCUCGCUGAAUCUGGAUAACAGUUUCUAUUUUUUUUAGCGAAUUUAUUUUUAUGAAAGUAUAGUAGAUGAAACAACCAUUUUCUCCAUAUUCUGUUCAAAGACUUUUCAGUAUUCCAUGUCAAGAUUACUAACUGUUUUUAAAACAGAUGUACAUUCUUCGGAAAAAAGAGAUGGUUAUGUUA